AAGUGAACCAGGAAAAAUAUUUACUCAAAAAGAGGCGGAAGGAGAAUUUCAAUGUUUUGAUAUUUUAAAAAACAAACAUUUCAAUGUUUGGGCUCCAAUAGCUAUAUUUUCUUCUAAACCUUUAUUAUUAACGCGUCAAGAAUAUUUGUAUAAAAAUAUUCGAAAAUUUGUUGAUGAACCAUUUUAG